AUGGGUCUCAAGUACAACACGUACCUGGACGGGAACAAGAUAUACGGGUGCAAGAACUGCAAGGCGCACCUAGCGAACCACCUGGACAUUAUAAGCCGGAACUUCCGUGGUCAGCAUGGCAAGGCAUACCUGUUCAAUAACGUCGUCAACGUCGACGCGCUCGACCCCGACGAGCGCCACAUGACGACGGGUCGGCACAUUGUGCGCGACAUCAAGUGCCGCGAGUGCAAGGAAAUUGUCGGCUGGAAGUACGACAAGGCGUUUGAGAACGCCGAGAAGUACAAGGAGGGCAAGUUCAUCCUCGAGGCCGAGCUGCUCUGCAACGUUGUCUAG